AUGAGUACACAGCAGAAGAUUUUGUCCGAGCUUGCUAUGAGCCGAACAAUGUCCACGGCUGCCGCAGGAACAUCAUUGACUGAUGCCCGCAUAGAAUCUCUUGCCAAUUCUAUGACAGAAUUCCAUUACGAUCACGAGUCUAACCUCACAUUCGACAACUGGUACAGCCGUCAUGAGGACACAUUUCGGGUCGAUGCAGGUAAACUCAAUGACGCCGCCAAGACACGUCUGCUGCUCCGCAAACUCAGUGAUAGUACUCAUGCGGAGUACAUGAACCAAGUUCUCCCGAAGACCACACAAGAUUUUUCGUUCGACGAGACGGUGUCUAAAUUGAAGCAGCUUUUUAGUGCACACGCAUCCCUGUUCUGCAAGCGAUACCGCUGCCUCACGCUUAACAAGAAAGCUUCCGAGGACUUUCAAAUAUACGUUUGUGGCCUACAUGCACCCCAGGAUGCUGAGAUCCGGACCGCUCUGCUAGCUAAGCUGGAAGGCAACAAAUCAAUGACGCUCAACGAUCUCACCACAGAGUGUCAUCGCAUUAUCAACCUUCGGAAAGACGCUUCAAUCGUGGAGUGCCCAAGCGAGAAGGCAUCGGUCAACGCUAUCAAUCCGAUCAAGCACCCGAAGAAAUCAGUCGUCUCUAAGCCUGCAUUUAAACACUCACCGACGACCAACAAUCCGGCUCAUCGUAACAAUAGUGACAGCAACAAUAAACCGAGAACGCCGUGUUCGAAAUGCGGACAGCUCCACUAUGUUCGCCUCGACUUUAUCGAACUCUUCAACCUGUGGCACGUUCCCCUGAGCACGGUCUGCAACAACGUCACGACAGCAACCGGCAACGUUCAAUGGUUGAAAAUAUCGUUUCCGCAACUGUUUUCGGAUUCACUGGGUUGCUGCAAUAAAACAGAAGCAAAACUUUAUGUGAAGCCGGAUGUUCAGCCCGUCUUCCGUGGUAAAAGACCAGUUCCGUUUGCCGCACUUGAACCGAUCGAGACUGAGCUGAAACGAUUGGAAGAGUUAGAAAUCAUUUCGCCGGUGGAGUUCUCUGACUGGGCGGCACCCAUCGUUGCCGUUCGUAACAAAGCAGUGAACGGGCAGCCACCGAGAGUAAGAGUGUGCGCUGACUAUUCUACUGGCCUAAACAGCGCCAUUCAGCCCAAUCAGCACCCUCUCCCGCUCCCCGAGGAGAUUUUUGCCAAACUCUCCGGCAGCAUAGUCUUCUCGCACAUCGAUCUAUCGGAUGCGUAUUUGCAAAUACCGGUCGACAAAGAUUCCAGACAGUACCUCACGAUCAAUACUUAUCGCGGAUUGUUUGAGUUUAAUCGCUUGCCACCGGGUGUCAAAUCUGCCCCCAGCACGUUUCAAACGAUCGUCGACGCCAUGGUAGCUGGUUUGGAAGGAGUUGAAACGUACUUUGACGACGUACUGGUGCACGGAAAGGACGCCAAGGAACAUCGAGUCCGUCUUUUGAAGCUUCUGGAACGUAUCCAGGAGUGGGGUUUUACGCUGCGCAUUGAAAAGUAUUCUUUUUUCAUGCCGGAAAUCCACUAUCUCGGUUUCAUCAUCAACCAUCAAGGGAUCCGGCCCGAUCCUAUCAAAACAGCAGCGAUAUAUCUGCUGCUUGCACACUACGACCCUAACCUCGAAACGAUUGUGGCAGCGGAUGCAUUCAGCCAUGGAGUCGGAGCGUGUCUUAUGCAUCGAUACCCAGACGGUUCCAUGAAAGUCGUGUGCCAUGCCUCCCGAACGGUAACUCCAGCAGAACAGCGUUACGGUCAAGUGGAAAAGGAGGCAUUGGCGCUAAUCUUCGGUGUCACCAAGUUUCAUCGCUUCAUAUAUGGAAGAAAAUUCAGCCUACACACCGAUCACAAGCCGAUUUUGGCUAUGCGGACAUCCUAUCUAGGGCUCAUUGACCCGCAAGCAAAACCAGAUGAUGAUUUCGUUAUUGCUUCGGUUCAAAUGGAAGAGGACGUGUCUGCCACCGUAAAUGCAGCACUAACUGCUCUGCCGGUCACUUUCAAACACCUUCAAGUUGCCACUAACAAGGACAAGCUGCUUCUGGAAGUGAUUCAACACGUGCAAACUGGUUGGCCUAAAUCGAUUAAGCAAGUCAAUAAUGAUCUCUGUCCGUUCUACGCUCGCAAGGAAGGACUUUCUCUCGGGCGAGGGUGCCUCAUGCUAUCUGGUCGAAUCGUUGUGCCGAAAGUGUAUCGGCAACCCGUACUCAAGACCAUCCACAAAGGACAUCCCGGUCAAGAGCGGAUGAAGUCGGUGAUGAGGAGCCAUGUCUACUGGCCCGGCGUCGAUCAAGAUGUGCAAAAUUUCGUUUCGUCGUGCAGCGCUUGCGCAUCUGUGGCCAAAUCUCCGCCAAAAACAUUACUUUCGUCGUGGCCACAAACCAGUCAUCCCUGGCAACGGUUACACGUGGAUUAUGCUGGUCCUUUUGAAGGACAGUAUUUUAUGGUCAUUGUCGAUUCCUACAGGAAGUGA